CUCCGCGGACUCCGGCAGCUUUGUCGCCAGAGUCCCCGAACGCCCGCUUUCUCUCGAGUCCGCUGCCUCGGAUCCCCGGCGUGCCCCACCAUGUCCGACGCGGCCGUGGACACCAGCUCCGAGAUCACCACCAAGGACUUGAAGGAGAAGAAGGAAGUGGUGGAGGAGGCGGAGAAUGGGAGAGACGCCCCCGCCAACGGCAACGCCAAUGAGGAGAACGGGGAGCAGGAGGAGGACAAUGAGGUAGACGAGGAAGAGGAGGAAGAUGGCGAGGAGGAAGAGGGCGAUGGUGAGGAAGAGGACGGAGACGAAGAUGAGGAGGCCGAGGCAGCUACAGGCAAGCGGGCAGCUGAGGAUGACGAGGAGGACGACGUCGACACCAAGAAGCACAAGACCGACGAGGAUGACUAGACAGCAAGACAGGAG